AACUGUGUAAAAGAUCUGAAGUUAAUCUUUAUUAUUUAGUAACUGGAGCAUGACCGAGUGAAAAUAGAUGGCACAAAAUAAUUCUUGUAGAAGAUCAAGAUAACUUUUCACUGCAUUCCUCCCUUAUGGUUUCAGAGUUCUCUUCAGGGUGUAUCUGUCGCAACAAUAGGUUUGGAAAAUCUACUCUUCUGGAGCAGGUGUGUUUGUUGUUAGGAGCACUGGGCAAGUGGCUAUUCCACAUCACUGAGAGAGACUGAAAGCCCCUGACUGAGAGUUAGAAAUCUAUUUCUAUCUAGGCAGCCAACCAACCAUGGCUUCCACCACAACCGGAAUCCGUGUGUCAAAGAAGCACAUCCAAUUUCUAGCCCUUCAGCUCACCCUGCUAGGAACAGUCUUCUGUGGGAAUGUGCUGAUUUGGCCUUCAGACGGCAGCCAUUGGCUAAAUAUUAAGAUUGUUAUACAGGAACUGAUACGCCGAGAGCACAAUGUCACCAUCCUAGUGUCAAACGCUUCUCUCAUCAUCACACCGCACGGUGAGACAGCAGAGAAGUUUGAGGUGUUCCCUGUGCCUCUUGGGAAGAAAUACAUUGACUCCUUGAUCAAAGACAUGGUGAACUUGUGGCUGUAUAAUAAGCCAACAGCACUGACCUUCUGGAAGUUCUACAAGGAACUGGGAAAAUUGGCCAGCAAACUAAAUGAGGGAAAUAGACUGGCCUGUGAUGGUGUGUUAGCCAACCAGGAUUUGAUGUCUCGGCUGUAGAGGGGCAGGUAUGAUGUGGUUCUGUCUGAUCCAGUGGCUUUCUGUGGAGACCUAAUUGCUCUCAAGCUCAGAAUUCCAUUUGUGUACUCUCUGCGGUUCACACCAGCCUCGACUGUGGAGCGGCAUUGUGGGAAGAUGCCCGCUCCACCUUCGUACGUGCCUGCAGCCUUGUCUGAACUCACAGACAAGUUGUUGUUCCGCGAAAGAAUAAAAAACAUAGUGUCUUACCGCCUCCAGGACUACGUUUUUCAGAGGUACUGGAGAGAAUGGGAUUUGUAUUACAGUGAAAUUCUAGGUGUAUCCAUCACAACAUAGGCUUCUGGAGCAGGUGUGUUUGUUGGUAGGAACACUGGACAAGUGGCUAUUCCGCAUCACUGAGAGAGACUGGGAGCCCCAGUCUAAGAGUGAGAAAUAGAUUCCUAUCUAGGCAGUCAACCGA